AUGUUAACUCUAUUUUUAUUGCUACAUUACUUAAAUGGUUAACCAUGUGCAAAUCCCGUAACAUUAAUAGGUACAACCUAAGUUAGUGGAGUUUGUACACCACCAAGUAAAAAUAAAAAUUGAUCUUGUUAGCUUCCACUUUUUAAAUAUUUCCAUACGCAAUGUUAGGUGCAACAACAGAUAAAGCUGUAAAGUUUUCAAUUACUUUUUGGUUAAAACCUCCUAAUGCACCUACUUUAGGUGGUAAAACUUAUGGAAUUCUAAGAGUGAGUACAGAUACUGCAGAUACAACUCCAUCAACUCCAGAUGGUAUUAGAUUAGCUGUUUACUUUUCACUUGAUUCUGUAAAUAGAGGAUUUUAUUUGGGAUACUCAGAAUCACCAAGUGAUCCUAUACUUUAUACUGAUAUUACUUAGAUGGCUGCAGCAUACACAGGAGAUUGGAUGUUUAUUUAUGCAGGAUUAGAUUAUACAAUUGGAGAAUUAAGUAAUCAAUUUAAAAACUAUAUAAGAAAUCAGUACCUGGGAAACUAAAUAAAUAUUUUGGCAGCAAAAGAAAUUCUUUGCCUCAAAGGUUAAUUUUAAUACUCCAUUAAAUACAAAUACAGCUAUUGAAGCAUUGUAUUGGGGUGCUUAAAAUAGUUUUUGUGGAGAUAUUAAAAAGUUAAAAUGGAUGCCUAAUUACUAUGAAACAAAUGAUGAAAAUAUAUUUAAAUUAGCUUAUUUUUUAGAAGGUAAAACUAAUGCAGGAUGUUAUUUAUAUCGUUUUGAUAAAGUAGAUAAAAAUACAGUUACAAACAUGGCAAGUUCAGGAACUUUAACUUUAUAAUAAAAUAUGAAAUUCACCUAUUAUGAAUUGGAUUCAUCCCAUCCUGUUCUAACUAUACCAACUGCUAAAUGGACUACUUCUACAAAUUCAUAUACAUUUGGAACUUAUAUUCUAUAAAAGAGUUUACCUUAAUUUGGAGCAGAUAUUAUCCUAAUAUAGAGAUAAACAUCAGGUGCUGUUAAUUUAUUCUCUAUAAAAUUAGCUUUAUAAUCAAAUGGUAAAUUAGGAAUUCUUUUAACUUUGGAAACUGUUCAAAAAUUAUUAACUUAAUUUGAUUGUCUAGUUGACAAAUGGUAUUUUAUAUAAGUAUCUAUUGCUUUUGCAGGUAGUUUAUAAAGUUAAACUAAUACACUUUCUCAUUAUCAUAUUGUAUCACCUGAUGGAUCAAUAUUUAGCGGAUAUGUUUAAAUUACAUAUACAGCAACAAUUAGUAGUAAAUAUACAAGUGGAUCAGAUAAAUGUUAUAUAGGAGAUACAUUAAAUCCUUAUUAAGGAAUUAUUUAAUUAAGAUUUCUAAGAUUUGAAGAAGGAUUCUAAGUAUUUAUGAAUAGUCCUUGUUAAACUGAUUGUACUAUAGGUAGAUACAGUCUAACAUCAUCUGAAAAUUAUUGUUUUAUUUGCAGUCUAUCUGCUUAAUUGGAUAGUACAUUUUUAUGUACUACAAGUGCUUGUUCUAGUAACCAUUAUAAAAUUACUGAUAUGACAAGUCAUAAUUUUUGUGCUUUUUGUGAUUCAACUUAAAGUUAUUAUGUUAAUCCCAGUUAAAUUUGUAUUUAAGCUUCAUGUGGAAAUGGUUAUAAAGAACCUCCUGGUGAAGAUUGUGAUGAUAAUGGAACUGCUAUUGGAGAUGGAUGUGAUGCAAGUUGUGCUUACGAAAAAGGUUACAAUUGUUCUCCUGCUACAGAUUAUGAAUUAACAACAUGUGUUAAAUAUUGUGGAAAUGGAGUUAGAGAUGAAGUUCUUACGCCACCUGCAUUAAGUUUUACAGAAGAAUGCGAUGAUGGUAAUAAUGUUUUAAGUGAUGGAUGUUCAGAUUGCAAAAUCGAUACUGAUCUUUGGGAAUGUGGCUAUUCAUUCCCAUCUUAAUGUACAUUAUUAUGUGGAAAUGCUAAAUUGAAUAACGAUGUUACAUAUUCAUAAACUGAAUAAUGUGACGAUGGUAAUAAUUCAAAUGGAGAUGGAUGUGAUUCAUUAUGUCAAAUUGAACCUGAUUGGAUGUGUAGUGCUAUACCAUUAUAAAUGAGUGCUUGUAUUCUCAUUUGUGGAAAUGGUACUUUAGAUGCAGGAGAAUAAUGUGAUGAUGGUAAUGUCAUGGAUAAUGAUGGAUGCACUGCUUGCGUUAUUGAUUCAGGAUGGGAUUGCUCUGGUACAAUAUGUACACAAUAUUGUGGAAAUGGAGUCAAAGAUGUUAUACCCUUAAAAUCUAUUAAUGAAAUUUGUGAUGAUGGUAAUACUAUCUAAUAUGAUGGUUGCUAUUUGUGUUUAGUUGAAACUGGUUGGACAUGUGAUGCAAGUAGUCCAAGUAAAUGUCAUAUGUGUGGUAACAGUAAAAUAGAACCUUAUGAAACAUGUGACGAUGGUAAUACAGUUAGUCUUGAUGGUUGUAGUAGCACAUGUUAAAUAGAACCAUCUUGGACAUGUAAUGGAGGGAAUCCAGAUUUAUGCAAUAAUUGUGGAGAUGGGAAAAAACAAUAAAUAGAAGAUUGUGAUGAUGGUAAUGCUAGUUCAAAUGAUGGAUGUACAAAUUGUAAAGUAGAUUUAUAUUAUGAAUGUUCUGGUGGUUCUCCUGCAUCACCUGAUAUAUGUGUUAAGACUUGUCCAAAUGGAAUAGUAUCAGGAAGUGAAGAAUGUGAUGAUGGUAAUAACACUAGUGGAGAUGGCUGUCAUUUAUGUUUAAUAACAAUGGAAUUUGUAUGUGAUAAUUAAGUUUAACCUUCAGUAUGUACACCAGAUAUUUGUGGAAAUGGGAAAUCUCAUUCAUUAAAUGAAGAGUGCGAUGAUGGUAAUCUAGUGGAUGGUGAUGGAUGCAAUAGUAGUUGUAAAAUAGAAAAUGGUUGGGAUUGUUCUACAAAAAUAAAAUGUGUAGCAAUUUGUGGAGACAAUAAAAAAGUAAUUGGAGUAGAAGAAUGUGAGGAUGGUAAUUUAAUUGAUGGUGAUGGAUGCAAUAGUAAUUGUAAAGUAGAAUUGUCUUAUUCUUGUGAUGGUGGUGAUAUAACAAAAAAAGAUAUUUGUACUGUUACUUGUGGAAAUAAUGUAAGAGAUGCUAAAGAAGAAUGUGAUGAUGGCAACAUUAGAAAUGGUGAUGGAUGUAGUAGUUUAUGUUUAAUUGAAACUUCUUUUGGAUGUUCUUAAGUUUUAAUGCAAGAUAAUGUCACUAGAGAUGAAUGUUAUCCAUGUAUUUCUAAUUGUGCUAUGUGUACAGAUACAGAUAUUGAUGGAUGUUAGUUAUGUUAUCAUGGUUAUUAUAAAUCAGAAACUUCAUGUACAGAUAAUUGUGGCGAUAAUUACUAUGCUGAUUCAUUUAUGUAAGCAUGUUUAAAAUGUGGAGAAAAUUGUGUUAGAUGUUAUAAUAGUGCCUAAUGUUUUAGAUGUAAUACUCCUUAUGUCUUAGAUGGAACUCAAUGUAUUGAAAAAUGCACUGAGGGAUAUUACAUUAAAGAACAUGAAUUAAAAGGAUAAUGGUGUAAGAAAUGUCCCCUUCAUUGCACUGUAUGCGAAACAGAAACAUUAUGUACUAGUUGUGAAGAUUUUUACUCUCCUUUAGGUACUUGCAAGUUCUGUGAUAUGGGAGAAUUAUGUUUAGCAUGUGAUUUUGAACUUAAUACUUGUAUAAAAUGUAAAUUGGGAUUCAGACCAAUUGAGGAUAAAUGUAUUAAAAUUUAAGAUAAAUGUGGAGAUGGUUUAGUAUCUAUUAAUGAAAAGUGUGAUGAUGGUAAUCUUGCUAAUGAUGAUGGUUGUAACAGAGAAUGUAAUAUUGAAGAAGGUGCUAAUUGUAGACUAAUAUAAAAUGAAGGACCUUCAGAGUGUUUUGAUAUUUUAGGAUGGGAGUUUGAAUUGAAAUCAUUUAUUCUUGAUCCUUAACUUAUCUAAUUAACUUUUACCAAUCAAAUAAAAUAUGACGAUAUCAUUAUUAAAAAUAUUAGCACUUUAUUCACAUUAUCAAUAAAUGGAUUCACAGAGUAAGAUUAUUCUUAUUAAUUUGUUAAUAAGAGUGGCUCAAAUUAAACAAUCUCUAUCUAAUUUACUUUUUUAAAAAAUGUCAUUUCUCAAACUCUUACUGUUACUUUGAAAGAUCAAACUAAAUUGACUAAUUAUUAUGACAUUAAAAUUAACCCAGAUAAAAUUACCAAAAGUAUUGAUUUAGAGGAUAAAGAAUUUUAUACUCAAUCCUAAAUUGAUUUUUUUACUCUUUUGAGAAACCUUGCAUAUGGUUUACAAAUAUUGAAUUGGAUAUUGAUAGUAGGUGCAGGAUUCUUAGAUCAAUAAUAUAGAAUUUGGAAAACUAUUGAAAUACUUCAAGUGAUAUGCUGUUUAUAUUAUAUUAAUUUGAGAUCAUACCCUCUCAAUUCAGAAUUAUUGCUUGUUGAUUUAAGAUACAGUAAUUUAUACAUUCUACCCAAUUUCCUAUAGUAAUAUACUGAUGAAUAUCUAUUAUCAUUAAGAAGAUUCUCUAUGGCUGGUUUAACUUAUUAAGUAAUUAACAAUACUGGAGGAUUAUUUUUAUUUUAUCUUGCUAUUUCAUUAGUUGUUUAUGCAUUCACUAAAAUAGUAUAUUAUAAAUAUGUUCUAUAUGUUUUUGAAGUAUUUUUAGAUAAACUGGAAUUUAGUUACUUUUUUAAAUUUUAUGAAGUAUUUUUACUUGAACUUCUAAUCAGUUGUCUUCAUAAUGUAAAAUUUAAUUCAAUGGCUUCAAAUUGGAGUGGUACAAAUACUGUGAUAGCCCUUAUAUUACUACUAUUUAUUAUUUUAAUAUAAGUUUCUUUAUUUUUGAUAUCAUUUUUUAGAGAUUAUUUUGGUACUGAAGUAGAAGUUAAAUCAAUGUUUGGAACUUUAACUGAUGGUUGUCAUGAUCAUGAUCGUAAACGUCGUAUUUUUAUGAGUCAAUAGGAUUUUAUAAAAAAAGUUUUCAUAGCUUAUGCUAUGAUAUAUGUUGAUGAUCCAUUUUAAUAAAUGUUAUUAAUCAUUAUCCCAAGAGCUGUUUUAAGUAUUGCUUCCUGUUUUAUAAUGAAAAAUUGGUUUUUAAGAGCAAAAGAAAUAUUUUCAGAAUUACUUCUUUAUGGCAUUAUUAGUCAAUCUUAUAUGUUAGCCUUAGGAGAUUUUAUUGGAGAUUUGGAUAAAAAAGUAUUUUAUGGUUCUUUAUGGGUUUAUAUGGUUUUGGCUUUUGAAUUUAUCCAUGGAAUGUGUAAUACUUAUUUGGUUUGGAGAUUAUUGUAUGUAUUAGAAUCUAGUUUACCUGAAAAUAUUGAUCCUACUGCAGGACAGAAUAAAAAAAUUGAUUUAUUCAGAUAAAGAGGAGCAAAGAAAGAUAGAGGCAAAACAUAAAAAGAAUUAUAAGAAGAAGAAGAUAGAAGAGCCAAAUUAGAAGAAGCUAAAAGAAAAAAAAAAAUAGAUGCAGAAUUAGCUUUAAAAAAUUAAAAUAGAGAAAAAUGGAAUGUAUGGAAUAUGUAAAGGGAAGCUAACCCUGAAGAGAGAAAAUUUGUAUCAAUUAAACAUAACGAAUUUGGUGAUGUUUUAGAACCUAUUCAACCUUCAGGUCCAAAAUAAAAUUAAAAAUAAAAUGAUGAAUUAAAUAAUUUUGAUGAUUUUGAUUAGAUGGAUAAUUUCUUUGGUAAUCCAUCUAAAAUUGCUACCAAUAAAUCAUAAAUACUUAAUUAAACAAGUCAAUAAUUUAAAGCACCAUCCUUAAAUUAAACAUAAUAAAUGAAUUAAACUUAAUAAAACUAAAUUAAUCAAACUAUGAACAAAACUAUGAAUCAAACAAUAAAUCAAAAUUUAAAUCAAACUUAAAAGUCUUAAAAUAUUGCAUAAUAAUGGUUGGUUAAUGAUACUUAAUAACCAUUAUUCUAAGAUUAAUCAUUCAAACCUGCUAGUGCUGCAUAAUAAUAAUAAAAGUCCUAGAUUAGUGCAUUUUAAUUUUAAUAAGAGGCUCCUCCUCCAAAAAAAGAUGCUCUUAAUGAUUCAGAAUAAGAAUCACUGAAUAAUGAUAAUCCAUUUGAUUUCUGA